AUGGGUUUCAAGACCGGUACUCUAGCUUCUGCCCUGCUCUUACUUGCAGCAAGGGUUUCUGCCCAAACUGCGAAUGCAGAAGCAGCAUUGGCAACACUUCAAGAGUGGUAUAAUCCCACGACUGGAUUGUGGAAUACCGCCGGAUGGUGGAAUGGUGCCAAUGCGAUGACAGUCAUCGCAGAACUUGCAGCAGUCGACGCGAGCAUUGUGCAGGAGGCAACCUCAAUUUUUGAGACGACUUUUAAUGUUGCACCAUCAGCUAAUCCUAGUAACGGCGUUGAGAAGAGUGUAGGCACUAAUGGGCUUAUUCAAACAUCAUACCCAGCUGGAUGGCCUAACGAAACAAUCAGUAAACGAGCGACAAAGGAUCCUACAGAUCCUACAGUUUGGCUGGACGGUGCAAACGAUGAUGCCGAAUGGUGGGGGUUGGCCUGGAUUGCUGCGUACGAUGUUACCGGAAACGAAACAUACUUAACUUUGGCAGAGGGCAUUUUCAAUGAGAUUGCUGCCGGCUGGGGAACCAAUUGUGGAAACGGUGGAAUUUACUGGGAGACGACGAACCACUAUGUGAACGCCAUUGCUAGCGAACUUUUCAUUUCACUGGCUGCACAUCUUGCCAACCGCGUGCCUGCCAAUGCAGCGACUUAUAUUGCUUGGGCCGAAGAGGCAUGGAACUGGUUCGCAAGCACUGGCAUGAUCAAUGCAAAUGGCACCAUCAAUGAUGGCUUAACGACCGACUGUGUCAACAACGGACAGGCAGUAUGGUCUUACAACCAAGGCGUCAUCCUCGGCGGGUUGACUGAGCUUAACAGAAUUUCGCCCAAUGAGUCAUACAUCGAAUCGGCCAACAGUAUUGCCCAAGCAGCCAUUGCCGCGCUCGCGGACUCUAACCAUGUUAUCCAUGACUACGCGUGUGAGCCUAGCUGCGAACCCGAUGCAACUCAAUUCAAAGGAAUCUUUAUGCGAAACCUACUACUGCUGCAGCGAGCGUCACCAAACGACCUGUACAGCCAGGUCAUUGAAGCCUGCGCCGCCAGCAUUUGGGCAAACGACCGUGAUUCCACGACUGGUGAACUUGGUGUGGACUGGGCAGGACCUUUUGACACCCCCGCUGAUGCUUCAACACAAAGCUCGGCGAUGGGUGCACUGGUCGCAGCUAUUUCUGUCGAGUUAAUCUCUGGGACGUCCCACCCUGAUCUCAGUGCAAAGGUUGCAGACCGGCUUGGUAUCGGUCUUACCAAUACGCUCUGCCAGCCCUCAUCCAUUGGUGAAAUUAGUGUCAGUAUCGGAGAGUCGGUCCGAGGUGAUGACGUUUAUAUUCUUCAAUCCACUGCUCCUGGUAACGUCAAUGAUGGCCUCAUGGAGCUGCUCAACCUCAUACAUGCCUGCCGCACAGCAUCAGCGCGCUCAAUUACUGCUCUCAUUCCCAACUAUCCCUAUGCACGACAGGAUAAGAAGGACAAAUCUCGUGCUCCGAUCUCUGCGCGGUUGGUGGCAAACAUGUUGCAGUCAGCAGGGGCUACCCAUGUGAUUACCAUGGACCUGCACGCAUCCCAGAUACAAGGAUUUUUCAAUGUUCCUGUUGAUAACCUCUUCGCUGAGCCAUGUGUCUUGGACUGGGUGAAGGGGAACCUCGAUCCUGAUAACUGUGUGAUUGUUUCGCCAGAUGCGGGCGGCGCAAAACGAGUUGCGAGCUUAGCAGACCGACUAGGGGUUGGUUUCGCCCUUAUUCACAAAGAGCGGCCACGACCAAAUGUUGUCGGACGCAUGAUUUUGGUUGGAGACGUUUCUAACCGAACUGCUAUCCUCAUUGAUGACAUGGCAGAUACAUGUGGCACGCUCGCGAAGGCCGCUUCAACACUUGAAGAGCAUGGUGCAAGGGACGUAUACGCCAUUGUCACUCACGGAGUCUUGAGCGGACCGGCAAUUGAGACGAUUAAUAACUCAUGCCUUUCGGGCUUAGUGGUGACCAAUAGUACGUCCUAUCCUUCCCCUCAAAACAAAUUUCGCGCAUCUUAA